AUGCUUGCUCACAUUCUUGAAAGAAAAUACAUGUUCCUCAUAUGUAAUCUCAUCCUUGCAUUUCUAGCAAACACCACUUCCUCUUCUUCUGAUCACUUUGAGUAUUUUCAAUCUCAAUUUUCCAAUGAUUUUGUGGUUGAUAUUGAAGAUGAACAUGAAGUGCAAGCAAUGAAAAAGGAAGAAGUAUUUUAUGAGCAAUUAGUGUCAUCAGAAGAAGAAGGAAGUUCAGAGGAUGAAGCUGCAAUUCAAGAAGAAGAAGAAGAAUUAGGAGAUAUUAAUAGAGAUGAACUCAACCGAAGGUUUGAAGAGUUUAUAAGGAAAAUGAAAGAGGAGAUUAUGAUUGAACCCAAAACACACCCAAUUGCAAUCUAG